AUGUUGAAAUCGAUAAAAAUUGUUUUUGAACAUCAAGGACGGAAAACCACAAUAAUUGGCGACGACUAUGAAACAAUUGGCGAAAAAAUUAGAUUAUUAUUUCCGAAUGAAAAUCAUCGUCGAAUACAAUUUUAUGAUCCUGAAUUAAGUGAUGUGUUUGAAUUUACAUCUUACGAGCAAGUUCGAGAUCAAUCUAACGGAUUGAAAAUGAAUUUCGAUUUGUCAAUUUCGUCCGAUUUAUAUGAAUCUACUCCAUCUCGGUCACCGAAAGUGAUUGAAAAUGAAAAAUUUGAAACACUAGGAAAUGCUUCGAAACCUACCACUGCGAAACGAUCUCGAAAACAAAUACGACUUGACGAUGACGAUGUACCAUUUUUAAUUGUUUAUAUGUAG